UCUCCACCUCGAUGAGGCUGCUCGAGCGCCGCGCCGCGCUCUUCUCGGCCGUGCUCCUCGGCGCGGCACAGCCGCCUCUGCCGUCGCGCGCGGCUCUAUCUGGCGUGCCUGAUACGGCCACCGCCGACGAGCUGGCCGCCGCCUACGCCGCUGGCGCGAGAGCCGAUGGCGGCCGUGGAGCAAACACGAUGAUCCGCAAGCGUGCUGAGAGUGGCGUGCAGCGCGUUGGCAGCGACAGCCCCGUCUUCAAGCCUGGAGCGAUCCUCGACGGCGUUCGCAGCGCAGACGGGUCGACUGUGGACGUGUCGUUUGCCUACCCGAAGGAGUGGACCGUGGCGGGCGGCCCAAACCUGGACGUCCGCGACGUCCGGACGUCGGACAGCGCCUACCUGCUCGCCGCUCCUCUGCCGAGCGGCCAGGCUCUGGACACGUUGCCUCGCAGCUUCUUUGCCGAGCUCCUCUUCCGAAGCGACGGCAAGUACGGCGCGUACGGCGGCGUCGACGACUUUGCAAUCGCGGAGAGCGGCGUGGCGCUCCUCUCGUCCCCGUCGGGCGGUGAGCAGCCGUACCGACGGCUGAGCCUCCGCUUUGACGUCCUCACGUACAACCAGAACACCGUGCGGAGGCGUGCGCUCGUCUCGGCGACGGCGGCGGGAGGCUCGGUGUACGUGCUCGUCGCGAGCUGCCUCGGCUCGCGCUUCAAGGAGGCGCAACCCGCCCUUGCCUCGAUCCAGGACAGCUUCCGCGCCCUCGCAGCGCCGCGGAGAUUGCGCCCAGGGCCUGAGGACAAGCCGGCGUGAAAGAGCCGCGCACUCAUGCAGGCGUUCCGCGCGGUGGCGCGCUCCUCGACGGUCUCUGUGCUUGCAGGCAGUAGCCAGUACGUUCCUAUGAUCCCAUCUGCAGCGAUAUUUGCGAUUAUUGUCGUAGCUCUCCAUUUCGCUGCGAAUUGUAUCUCCCGCUGAUCUCCUGGGGAGAUUCGAUAUAGCAGACUGGAGCCGCCGAGGCCGCGACCCGAGACGCCGCCCGACGAGCCCCCACUGUAGUGUGUAUCGGCUUUACCCCCAUGCCCCCCCCCCCCCUCUCGAUCCAGUGGACUCCUGAUUCUCAGCAUUCGGUGCACGGUGGCUCGGGGACUGCUCAUUCACAUUCUCCACGUUUUUCGUUUUCGGCCGUACGCCGCGCCAUUCG